CCAGCAGCAGGGCGAGCGCGCGCUGUGGCAAUGCGGACGCGAUGGCGGCCUGGAGCUCCGACCCGCUACUGAUCUACUUCUUGCCUGGAAUCCCAUUUGCUUGGGUUUGGUAGAAGGUGUUAUUGGGAAAAUUCAGCUUCAUUCAGAUUUUCCAUGGUGGCUUAUUUUAAUUAGGCAGAAAGCGCUGGUGGGCAAACUUCCAGGAGACCAUGAGGUCUGUAAAGUUACCAAGAUUGCUGUGCUGUCACUUUCUGAAAUGGAACCUCAGGAUCUUGAGCUAGAGCUCUGUAAGAAGCAUCAUUUUGGAAUUAACAAACCAGAGAAGAUUAUACCAUCUCCUGAUGACUCAAAGUUUUUACUGAAGACCUUUACGCAUAUUAAGUCCAAUGUAUCUGCUCCUAAUAAAAAGAAAGUCAAGGAAAGUAAAGAAAAGGAAAAGUUGGAAAGAAGAUUGCUCGAAGAGUUGCUGAAGAUGUUCAUGGACUCGGAAUCCUUUUACUACAGCUUGACCUAUGACUUGACCAACUCAGUGCAGAGGCAAAGCGCUGCAGAGAGGGACCCCCGGCCCCUCUGGCAGAAGGUACCUCUCACGGUUCAGAGCAGGGUUUGCCCUCCAGAGCAGUUUAUGGACUUAUUUGGCUUUAUCGGGAAACUGAAACAACAGGUUUCUGAACUGUUUAUUCUCUACCUUUUCCAGGUUGAUGAUCGAUUUUUUUGGAAUAAAUAUAUGAUACAAGAUCUUACUGAGAUUGGUACACCAGAUGUGGACUUCUGGAUUAUCCCCAUUAUCCAAGGUUUUGUGCAGAUUGAAGAACUUGUGGUAAAUUAUAGUGAGUCAUCUGAUGAUGAGAAAAGCAGCCCCGAGACCCCGCCUCAGGAGUCCACCUGUGUAGAUGACAUUCACCCUCGAUUCCUAGUGGCUCUCAUUUCACGUCGCAGUCGGCACAGAGCAGGAAUGCGCUAUAAACGAAGAGGGGUGGAUAAAAAUGGAAAUGUUGCAAAUUAUGUGGAGACUGAGCAGCUAAUUCAUGUCCAUAAUCAUACCUUGUCAUUUAUUCAAACCCGAGGCUCUGUGCCUGUCUUUUGGAGCCAGGUUGGCUAUCGAUACAAUCCAAGACCUCGGCUGGACAAGAGUGAAAAGGAAACUGUUGCCUAUUUCUGUGCCCACUUCGAAGAACAACUGAAAAUUUACAAAAAACAGGUUAUUAUUAACUUGGUAGACCAAGCAGGAAGAGAGAAAAUUAUCGGGGACGCUUACCUAAAGCAGGUGUUGCUCUUUAACAAUGCGCACCUCACUUAUGUUUCAUUUGACUUCCAUGAGCACUGCCGAGGAAUGAAGUUUGAGAAUGUUCAAACACUAACAGAUGCUAUUUAUGACAUUAUUCUUGACAUGAAGUGGUGUUGGGUUGAUCAAGCUGGGGUCAUAUGUAAACAAGAAGGGAUUUUCCGAGUUAACUGCAUGGACUGCCUGGACCGCACCAACGUGGUUCAAGCUGCCAUCGCUCGAGUGGUCAUGGAGCAGCAGCUGAAAAAAUUAGGUGUGAUGCCCCCAGAGCAGCCACUGCCGGUGAAAUGCAAUCGGAUCUAUCAGAUAAUGUGGGCCAACAAUGGUGACUCCAUCAGCAGGCAGUACGCUGGCACAGCUGCUCUGAAGGGUGACUUUACAAGGACAGGAGAAAGGAAGUUAGCAGGAGUUAUGAAAGACGGUGUUAACUCCGCAAAUAGGUAUUACCUGAAUCGAUUCAAGGAUGCUUAUAGGCAAGCUGUCAUAGAUUUGAUGCAAGGCAUUCCAGUGACAGAAGAUCUUUAUUCCAUAUUUAACAAAGAGAAAGAGCAUGAAGCUUUGCAUAAGGAAAACCAGAGAAGUCACCAGGAACUGAUUAGCCAGCUUUUACAAAGUUACAUGAAGUUACUGCUGCCUGAUAAUGAAAAGUUCCACGGGGGCUGGGCCCUCAUUGACUGUGAUCCCAGCCUCAUUGAUGCUACUCACAGAGAUGUGGAUGUGCUGUUACUGCUUUCUAACUCUGCCUACUACGUUGCCUAUUAUGAUGAUGAAGUUGACAAAGUAAACCAGUAUCAACGACUAAGUCUAGAAGACCUGGAAAAAAUAGAAAUAGGUCCUGAACCCACUCUUUUUGGUAAGCCAAAGUUUUCUUGUAUGCGGCUGCACUACAGAUACAAAGAAACAAGUGGCUAUUUCCACACAUUGAGAGCUGUAAUGCGCAAUCCAGAAGAGGAUGGAAAAGAUACCCUUCAGUGCAUUGCAGAGAUGCUGCAGAUCACCAAGCAAGCCAUGGGACUGGAUGUGCCUAUAAUCGAGAAAAAACUUGAGAGGGUGGCUCUGGGUUGCUCCUGGUGGCCUGCUUGAGGAAGGUGAGGACAGAGCGCCUGUGGGGGAUGUCUCUGGCCUGUGUGUGGGACUAGGGUUGAAGUCACACAGCCGGACCCCCGUUUCCACUCAGCGCCUGGAACAACGUUCCAGUGUCAUUAAGGGCCUCUUCUGCUCUCCUGUAAAACCUACCCCCUGGCUGUUUCAGAGACUCAGCACAAAAAAUACACCUCAUUCACUCUUUUUCCACAGUGACUCUAAGCUCAAAUGACAAUGUUUUGUAUAUAUUGGGUUUAAAUAAAAUUCAUUUCACAUUUUUAAUGUGGCUAUUUUCAAUGACAUCUACAGCUUGUCUAUUUCUAUUGGACAUUCUCUUCUAGUGUCAACUCCAAGGGGUUAUAGUUUAUCAAUUAGCAAUGUGCAGUUUUCAAGAAAUGGGGUCCAAUUUAAAUAGAAUUUUCACUUUAAUAAUUGGAAAUGGUAUGCUGA